AUGGCAUCCCAGAAGGUUCUCAUGCUCGGCGCGGGCUUCGUGACCCUGCCCACCCUCAACAUCCUCAGCGAGGCUGGCAUCCCCGUCACCGUCGCCUGUAGAACCCUCGCCUCCGCCGAGUCGCUGUCCAAGGGCGUCAAGAACGCCAACCCCAUCUCGCUCGACGUCACCGACGACAAGGCGCUCGACGCCGAGGUCGCCAAGCACGACCUGGUCAUCAGCCUGAUCCCCUACACCUUCCACGCCACCGUCAUCAAGUCGGCCAUCCGCCAGAAGAAGCAUGUCGUCACCACCAGCUACGUCUCGCCCGCCAUGAUGGAGCUGGACCAACAGUGCAAGGAUGCGGGCAUCACGGUGAUGAACGAGAUUGGGCUGGACCCAGGACUCGACCACUUGUACGCUAUCAAGACGAUCGAGGAGGUUCACAAGGCCGGAGGCAAGAUCCUGAGCUUCCUUUCAUACUGUGGUGGCCUUCCCGCUCCGGAAGAUUCGGAUAACCCCUUGGGCUACAAGUUCUCGUGGAGUUCGCGUGGUGUUCUCCUGGCCCUGGGCAACCCUGGCAAGGUGUGGCAAGAUGGCAAGGUCGUAGACAUUGCAGGAAAGGAUCUCAUGUCCCACGCAAAGCCGUACUUCAUCUACCCCGGAUACGCCUUCGUUGCCUACCCGAACCGAGACUCUACUCCUUACAAAGAAAGAUACAACAUCCCAGAGGCGCAGACCAUUAUCAGAGGGACUCUCCGAUACCAGGGUUUCCCCGAGUUCAUCAAGGUACUAGUUGACAUUGGGUUCCUGAGCGACAAAGAGCAGGGUACUUUCAAGCAGGCCGUCACAUGGAAGGAGGCGACCCAGAGCCUGCUGGGUGCUUCUUCGAGCAGCCAGUCUGACUUGCAAUCGGCCAUCCUGUCCAAGGCCACCUUCAAGUCCGAGGAGGACAAGGCGAGGAUCAUUAGUGGUUUGCGGUGGAUUGGCAUCUUCUCGGGCGAGAAGAUCACCCCUCGUGGCAACCCCCUGGACACGAUCUGCGCCACGCUGGAGAAGAAGAUGCAGUACGAGGAAGGCGAGCGCGACUUCGUCAUGCUCCAGCACAAGUUCGAGAUCGAGAACAAGGACGGUAGCCGAGAGACCAAGACGUCGACGCUAUGCGAGUACGGCGACCCCAAGGGCUACUCAGCCAUGGCUAAGCUAGUGGGUGUGCCUUGUGCGGUGGCUGUCAAGCAGGUCCUCAACGGCACCAUCUCCGAGAAGGGCAUCCUCGCACCCAUGAACUCUAAACUCAACGACCCGCUGAUGAAGGAGCUGAAGGAGAAGUACGGGAUCUACCUGGUUGAGAAGACUGUCUUAUAA